AUGAUGUACGGCAUCGUCAUGGAGGCGAUCGACGACGCCGGGCUCCGCGGCCAGGCGCACCCCUGCGACUACCUCAACUUCUUCUGCCUCGGGAACCGGGAGACGCCGCGCCCAGGUGAGUAUGUGCCGCCGGUGAAGCCGGAGGAGGGCACGGACUACUGGCGAGCGCAGGCGAGCCGUCGGGGCCCAAUCUACGUGCACGCCAAGCUCAUGAUCGUGGACGACGAAUAUGUCAUCGUGGGCUCGGCGAACCUAAACGAGCGGUCGCUGGCCGGCAACCGGGACAGCGAGAUCGCGCAGGGGAGCUACCAACCGGCGCACCUGAACGGGUCGGAUGGCGGGCGCGCCCUGGGCGUCGUGCACGCGUUCCGGACGUCUCUGUGGCACGAGCACCUAAUGAACGACGUCGGCGCCGGUGCCGGCGUGGCCGUGUCAGCGGAGCCUGAGAGCGUGGAGUGCGUACACGCGGUGCGGCGCACGGCGGAGGAGCUGUGGGAUGCGUACACGCAGGACAGGGUGGAGGACCUGCGGGGGCACCUGCUGCCGUUCCCGAUCAGCGUGUCAGAGUUCGGGGAGGUAACAGACCUGCCGGCGGACGGCUGCUUCCCGGACACCAAAGCGCCGGUGAAGGGGAGGAAGUCGGCCACACUCCCGGCCAUCCUAACAACUUGAGGCUGCUCUUGUGUCACCUGCACGGUAGUAACGUUCACAAGAACUGGGUCACAUGAGUACU